AUGUCCAUGACAGUUCCUGGCUCCACGAUGAAGACAAAACGCCAUGGCUGUUACUCAUACUUUGCGCUUCUGCGUGUGACUGAUCCCCGUUCCCGUUCAGUUUCGGGGGCAGCAACUGCUUGCUCCGCUGUUGAGCGAAGUGAAUCCAUUUUUGUACUGGCCACAACGAAGGCCGAAGGCUUCUCCUUCGAGCCUAUUGUGAUCAAGUCUCCCCGACAGCCUUCGUGA